GGGUUGGUUUCCUGGUGGCGGCGCUGCGGCCCCCUGGCGGCGCGCCGGUAUUUCCACGUGACCCCUCCCGUCUGGUCCCGGACCGCGUGUGCGCGUGCGCGUGCGCGCCCGCUCGCUGGCUCGUGACCCGGCGCGAUGAUCUCAUCCGUGGGCCAGUGCGUGAGGCGGACGUGCGUCCCGCCGCUCUUCCGGCACCUGAUGAGGUCAUCAUACCUGUGGGGUGGGGUGUGCGCCGGGGUCGGUUCGCCCCGCUCUCACCCGUGCACGGAGCGCGCUUGAGCUCGGGGCUGCGCCGGGCCCGCCUCUGCCCGCCCCCGGGGCCUGUCCCGGGCCCGCCCCGGAGGCCUCCGGCGCGGAGGCUGGGCGCGCAGGCACCGCGUCUCCCGAGGGCCGGCCGAGGCCGGCGGGGACCCGGCGGGGCCAUGCUGGGCAAGGAUUACAUGCUAGCCAUCAUUCUGGUCAACUGCGACGAUGACUUGUGGGGGGAUCAAAGUUUGGAGGGGGAGCCGGGCCUACCCCCUGGCUGGAGGAAGAUCCGUGAUGCGGCAGGUACUUAUUACUGGCACGUACCCAGCGGUAGCACCCAGUGGCAGCGUCCAGCCUGGGAGUUAGGCGAUGCAGAGGAUCUAGGCAAGAGGACAAAGGGGAUUUGGGAGCUGCGGCCCCCAAAGGGAAGAUCCUUUUCCAGCUUGGAGAAUUCCCUGGACCGGAGUAACUCUCUGACCUGGUAUGGUGAGGAAUCCUACAUUCAGAACCUGGAGCCAGGGGCUAAGUGCUUUGCAGUUCGUUCUCUGGGCUGGGUAGAGGUGCCUGAAGAGGAUCUGGCACCGGGAAAGAGCAGUAUUGCAGUCAAUAACUGUAUCCAGCAGCUGGCGCAGGGCCGGAACCGGAGACAGCCCCCAGAGGGUGCCUGGGGUGAGCCACCUUUAUCUGAUCUCUUGGCCAAAUUCUGUCCUUGGAAGGGCCAGAACAUGCUGAUGAUCCUGAAGAAGGAUGCCAUGAGCCUGGUGAAUCCCCUGGAUCACAGCCUGAUCCACUGUCAGCCUCUGGUGCACAUCCGUGUGUGGGGUGUGGGCAGCUCCAAGGGCCGUGACAGGGACUUCGCUUUUGUGGCGGGUGACAAAGACAGCUGCAUGCUCAAGUGCCAUGUGUUUCACUGCGAUGUCCCUGCCAAGGCCAUUGCAAGCGCCCUCCAUGGGCUCUGUGCCCAGAUCUUGUCAGAACGAGUGGGGGUUAGUGGUGAUGGCGCUUGCUGCUCUCCAGACCCCAUUUCCCCCGAAGAUCUGCCUCGGCAAGCGGAGCUGCUCGAUGCCGUGAGCCAGGUUGCUCAGAAGUACGAGGCACUGUAUAUGGGAACCCUGCCAGUCACCAAAGCCAUGGGCAUGGAUGUCCUGAAUGAGGCCAUUGGUACACUCACCGCCCGCGGGGACCGGAACACCUGGGUCCCCGCUCUGCUCAGCGUGUCUGACUCUUUCAUGACCGCGCAGCCCAUGCAGGCAGAGGCUGGUGCAGAGGAGGAGCCACUGUGGCAGUGUCCUGUUCGUCUUGUCACCUUUAUCGGUGUUGGCCGUGACCCACACACCUUCGGUCUCAUCGCCGACCUUGGCCGUCAGAGCUUCCAGUGUGCAGCCUUCUGGUGCCAGCCCCACGCGGGGGGACUCUCGGAAGCUGUGCAGGCUGCCUGUAUGGUUCAGUACCAGAAGUGUCUUGUGGCCUCUGCGGCUCGAGGCAAGGCCUGGGGUGCUCAGGCCCGUGCCCGCCUGCGGCUCAAGCGGACCAGCUCCAUGGACUCCCCAAGAGGUCCCCUGCCUCUCCCCCUACUAAAAGGAGGGGUCGGGGGUGCAGGAGCAGCCCCUCGAAAGCGGGGUGUCUUCUCGUUUCUCGAUGCCUUCCGGCUGAAACCUUCUCUACUCCAUAUGCCCUAAACUGGCCUUACAGGGCUGGGGAAGGAGGCUCUGGAUCGAUGCCCAACUCUAUUCCCCUUCAUUCUCCAGGGGUCCACAGCCUCUCAUCUCUGCCUGCCCCUGCCCCUUGCCUAUCUAUUUAUUACCUAGUUUAUUGUUGGUAUGGAUGACUGAGAGGCCCUGCACUACUCCUUAGGCCCCUGGCUCUCCUUUCCUUGGGUCCUUGCCCCUGUCCAGUCCUGGACAAUUGGCUCUACCUCAGCAACACUUUAUAGCAAAACCAGUGCAAAUAAAAGUCCCUCAGUGACCUCA